AUGUCCUCCAGAUCUCAUGGUUCUGACGCGUCGCGUCGACCAUCCAACAUCCUCGCUGCUUCGCCCAACACCCGUCUGAACCAGGACAAUAUUCCCACCAUCACCAGUUCCCAUCCUACGAAGCGCCGACACGAUGAGUCCUACGCCAUGGAAGACCUUCUCAAACCCUCCGUAGUCGUCAAAUCCCACCCUCCAAACAUCUCGGUCAAACCACGCAGCCUCCAGCCCCUGAUGCUCCUGCCCAGGGAGCAUCUUCAACUGUCCUUUCUCAACUUCUCCUCACCGUAUGGGAGCUUCGAAUCAUCAUCACAGUCCUUCGAGUCGAACAUCAAAAUCCUACACCUCGAAGGCCGCAUGGGCGCCCGCUCCGUAGUUCUCAUUGCCCGACUCGAAACCGACAAGACUGUCUAUGCAAUUGAACGCCAGACCAAUGGACUAUAUACCUUGUGUCAAUUGGGCUUCUGGGUAGACCUCGAGAGCCUUUGCGCCCUGGCCACUGUCUCAUGCCUCCACCUAAUCAAGAAACGACCCGACGCUCCAACCGAUUCGAACACGCCGCUGCCAUCGGUGACGCCCCUAGUACACCACGAGCAUAAGAGGAGACUCGCCAUUGAAGCUAUACAGUCUUUAGUGAAUAAGCCUAGGUCUCGUUCCAUCUCCACAUCGACACAGCCUCCAACAGCUGCUCAAGGGCAUGGCGAGUCACAGUCUGAGAGCAGAUCAUUCACUCAAGAUGCGUAUUUUCUACGUGAACCCGGGUCCCAAGCCGAUGCGGAAAGCCAGGUCACCCUCGCCGCCGAGCCAGGCAAGUCACUGGCCGUCCCUACCUCGGACAGCAUACUUGAAAAUAUACGAAAUCAAUAUUUCACAGCUCUUUAUCAUUCAAUGGGAUCUCUCGCAUAUUUCGCAAAGGGUCCCCUUUCUCGAGCACGUGCUGCCUUCCAUCUCGACUGCGAUUCGACAUUAGAAAUGAACGAUCUAAUCGACUUCUUGAGGAGCCUAGUAAUGACAACUGUACAAAUUGACAAGAAGUAUCGCGAGACGGUCCCUGAAAUCGUUUCCAAGAUGAAGACAACUUUUCAAGAUUCCGACGUUGAACAGGAUGCUAAGGCUAGAAAGCGGAAAGCCAAGAAGAUGAAAUUGGGAAGAGACGGACUGUAUCCAACCGAGGACGAACAUGUUCGCAAAUGGUGGACUAUUAAUAAGCCACUGCCGAAAGACGACGGAACGAAUACUGCCGAACCGCAGGAGACUAAGCUGCAGAUAUCCUGCUUGCGAUCGAGAGAAACACAGCUCCAGAUGAUUAUCAUCCUUGAGAUCCUAGCUUUGGAACCACUCAGAACCUCUGCGACUGGCAACGACUCCCAACUACCCGCCUUGCCCAUCGCUGAGGAGACUUUGGAGACUUCGAAAGAGGUCCCCGCGAAGAAGCGAAACAAGCACAACUUCCCUCUCCUCCUAGAUGUUCAUGCAGAUCGAUUAUGUAUAUGGCAGUCCACCGCGUUAGAUGAGGUCAAGAUGCUCGAUUCCCAGGCCAACUCGGGUCCGGAGCCACAGAAGUCUCUGAGAGCCACAUCAGAUCCACUCAAGGACUUCUGUGUCGAUAUUAUCGUGCCAUUCUUUUCGGCUAGACUCCCUGAACAAUGCGAUUCUAUCAACCGGAAGCUAGGUGGACCAGUCAUAGCGCCGUCACCCAAGUCAAAAUCAAAGAAAGCAGAGGGCACCACCAAACCGAAGACGAAGCCCGGCGCUGCUGCGAAGCGACCGGCCCAGCCGAAGUCUUCUAGGACCCUUGACAGAGUCCUUUCGAAGGAGUCGGAAAGGACUCGUCGAAGCAUGUCGCGCGGUCCAGGUGGAAUGAUUGCGUUGAUGAGGUCUGCAUCGACUCCAACAUGGCCCAUGUUGAAGCGGGAGGCAAGUGAGCCCCUGUCUAUGACAAGUAUCCCGACGACGGACUCGGUUGCGUCCCAAGAGAAAAUCCCACGUCCUUCGGGCCUGGGAUCUACUAAGUGUAGAUCUGACGAAGAAAAGGCGAAGCAAGAUGCUCUUGUCAAGGCGGAGUUACAAGAGGCGAUAUCUUCCCUCAGGAGACCCAACAGAGAUGUUGUCGGCAAGGCUAUGGCGGAAGCAGCUGAGAGGCGAGCGACUACAAGCCUAUCUCAGUUAAAGAAGUCUAGGAAGCCGACACAUCAUCCGCAGUUUCAAGACAUUGUCAAAGCGACCCCAACGGGCAACCGUUUCCGGGACGCGAUAGCAAAAAGCAAGGAGCAGCAGUCCGCACGUCGUUGGGGGAUGGAGUCAAUAGGCGAGGACCACCUUCCCUCUUCCUCGUCGAUCAUCCCCUCGUCCGGGCCUAGGAAGCGCAAUCGAGACGCAGCCUUCGCUGACGAUGAUUCUCCGGCACUACCGAGCUUCCGAGCAUCUAGGACUAACCACGUCGAGGCCACGCCGGCACGACCUUCGACGCUAAGUCGCGACUUCCUGUCCGUCCCUGGUCCGGACGAAGCCAUCGUGCUCGCAUCGUCACCCGUGUUCUCCCGCAAAAUGUCGCAGUUGAGUUAUCAGGCUCCGCCCAGGAUCGCGCUCGACCACCGCGAUAGUGGCAUCGGCAUGCCAUCCUCACCUGUCGGCGGACUGGCCGAGACGCCCGUGAAGCCGCGAUACGGGCCAGCUUCCGGGCCCUUGGAACGGUACAUGACCGUCACGCCUGCUAAGAAGAGGAUUGUCGACAACGGAAAAGCCGUUGCCAUUGUUGACGCUGAGAGCGCACGAGGUGGAGAAGACGAAAAUAGAAACGAGGAAGUGAAGGAGAACCCGAGCAAUGGGACGAAACGGUCCUUUUUUGAACAGCUGGGCUGGGACGAUUACGACGACCUUGGCUAG